AACAGAGUGGUCAACGACGCAGGCGACUUCACAAUUGAAGCCCUCGUCGGCUCCCCCGACGCCACCGAGGAUAACAGGCUGGAGAUGGCUCGCCGAAAUCGCAUCAUCUCCCGACGCCACGAACACCGCAAUUUGAAUGAUGGAAAACUGUUGCCAGUGAGUAAAUUGGGGACUCCAGGACGCAUAUCGAUGGUGAGGAUACGGUCUGCGGCGGUCGUGAGGGCGAUCAUUGAAUUUGGGGGCAAUCCGACGAUGUCGCUGGAUUAUUCCUUGGAUGGGAAACUGUUUCUUUUCCCACGGCCGUUCACAUCCUUCUUUUAUUGUCAGAAUGAUAUGAAGAAGAGGCUCGCUGAGCUUCGGAGGCGACUUGAAAUGGAACCUGAACCUGAAGGACCUGAGACUGCGGCACCGCAGCCUGGCGAGGAGUCCGAUGAGCGAGCUCUCAACAAGCGCGCCGUGGAAGAACUGCGGCUCUACAUCGAGUUUGUCGAUUCCUACAUCAUGCCUCUAUGGAAGCAAUUUGAUGAAGUGAACGAUAAAACCCCACGAUCCAUUUCUUAUGGCGACAUCCCUCUCCUUUUCAGAGCGGGAGAACUUGCAUACAUUCGGCCGCCAGUCGAGAUCCGCAACAACCCCAACUCGGGCAUCCAAACUGUUUUCAAAAUGGUCCGCAGCCUACGCAACAACUGCCGGCGCAAGGGAAACAUGUUUUGGUCGGUCUACUGCUUAGACUACCAGGAUGGAGGUUACACGGCCGUGUGGAGGACGAUCCAGUUCCCUCAUUUCGACGGCCUAGGGAUUAUUACCACCCUGCCGUGCUACCCCUUGAAGCUACAUCCCGAUUGCAAGCGCUUGUUGGAGCAUCAGAUUAAAGGGGGAGAGAACUUUAGGAAGUGCGUCGAGGUUGGCAUUCGCGACAUUUACUACUCUGGAUGGACCCUUGUGACGGGCAUGUUGCCGAAGUCAUAUAAUGCUAGCAACAUCCCGGAGCCAGAACAUGUUGAAAGUGAAGUCAUUAUCGACUUUAAAGAAGGGCUACGACAGCUCCCUUCUGCGCUCUAUGAGCCUGGGGACGGACGGCUUGAUGAGCCAUCGUUUGAGACUCGGAGACAUGACUCCUUUUUGCCAGAGUACAGAAUCUGGCGGGAACCAAUAUGCGAGGAAUACCAAAGUAUACGUGAAAGCCUCUUCUCCAGGGAAGAUGAGAUACAUCGUCAGAUCUGGCAAGACAUAGAGAAGCAAGACAAGUUUCUCACACGCAACCGAGACAUUGCAGGCAUAUACUUCACAGACAAACACCUCGCCAUCCUUCCCAAGCGCCUCCCCGGCUACGUCCUCCGGGAGCGCAAGUUUGCCAUCCUAAACGCGAGGAAUGUCGAAAUCGACCUCGAGACCGGAAAAGCCGGUCUUGACAUCGUUCAAAUGCCCCUAGGGCACAAACGCAUCAUCAAGUCCGCCGUGGCAGCGCACUUCCAAAAGCGCCAGCGGGAACGAAGCCACCGCACCACAGUCCGCGGCGUCGACCUCGUCCGUGGCAAAGGCAAUGGACUCAUAAUCCUCCUCCAUGGCCCGCCAGGGACGGGCAAGACGCUCACUGCGGAGGCAGUUGCUCUCGAGCAGAAGAAGCCCCUGUUUCCCAUCACGUGUGGAGAUUUGGGAUUUACGCCAGACAAGGUGGAGCAGUCGCUCAAGGAUAUCUUUCGAUAUGCGCAUCUGUGGGAUUGUAUCUUGUUGCUGGAUGAGGCGGAUGUGUUUUUGACGAGGAGAAAUGUUACGGACAUCCAGCGGAACGCGCUCGUCUCGGUUUUUCUCAGAGUGUUGGAGUACUACAGCGGCAUCCUCUUCCUCACGACGAACCGUGUUGGCGCAAUCGACGAAGCAUUCCGCUCUCGAAUUCACAUCAGUCUGAACUACAAGUAUCUCAACUGCGACGAGACAAUCGCCAUUCUUGACACUCACCUCAAGCGUCUCCCACGCCACAAUCCCAAGUCCGCCAGCAGAAGAGUGGAGGAAACCGGAAUGAUCGUAAGGCACAACGAGAUCCGCUCCUACAUUCGCCAAGAAUACCUCAAGUACUCUGAAAAGUACAAGCGAGAACGAGGGCCCUGGAACGGACGACAGAUACGGAAUGCGGUACAUAUCGCCGCUUGUCUUGCCAUAUACGAGAACCAACUCGACAAUAGCCGCGAUCCCGUGGUACUAACAGCAGAACACUUCCGAACAGUAGCCAAAACAACCGACGAAUUCGACGAUUACAUGAAAAGAGUGCGCCGCGCGGAUGCCGAUACAAUGGCGAGAAUGGCCGGUGAGCGGGAUGAC